AUGUCCUCCUCAUCAGCAACCGAGAUCUAUGAUCAAAUUCCUAAGAUCGAGCAAAAUGGCGAUAGCCAACAUCUCGAGAGACUGAGGACUGCAGGUGGCCAUGUCGACGACCGAAGCCAGCCUGCUCUACCCGUAGUCCAUCGGUCCUUCGCCAAUCCUGCUCCUCUGGGCUUGCUCUCGUUUGCGACUGGUAUAUUCCUCAUCUCGAUUCUUGGUGUGCACGCUCGUGGUAUCCAGACUCCAAAUGUGCUUGUCGGUGUCCUGUUGUUCUUUGGGGGUGUAUGUCAAUUCAUCUCUGGCAUCAUGGAGUUUGUUGCUGGCAACACCUUUGGAGCCACCGUCUUCCCUUCCUACGCAGCCUUCAACUUCUCUUACGCUAUGAUCUACAUCCCUGGAACAGGCAUCCUCGCAUCUUACACCGACGCCAACGGACAACUCAGCGCAGACUUCAACAAUGCACUCGGCAUGUACUGCUGGGCCUGGUUCAUCCUCACCGUCAUCUUCACCAUCGCCGCAAUGCGCAGCUCCUGGGUCUUGUGGUUUACUCUUUUCUUCCUAGACAUUGAGUUGGUUCUCCUGGCUUGUGGAUACAUGUUGGACAGUUCGUCUACUCUGGUUGCUGCCAACUCUGUGGGCUUUGUAGUUGCUUUUUGCAGUUACUGGGCUGGUUGUGCUGGACUGUGGUCUGGAGGGCUGACUCCUAUUGAUUUGCCUACCUUUGCCAUGACCAAGCAGACCUGA